CCUGAGACACAAACCACGAAGCAAUCGACUAGAAAUCAGAAGCAUCCAUGGCAAAGCCACAGGCAUUGGCUGCAUCACUGCUGCUUGUCUUGGUGAUCUCCCUCGCUGCAAUAGAGGGUGCUCAUGGCAUCUGCGGCUUGUCGAACGGUGAAUUCAAGCUUUGCCAGCCCGCGGCGGCGGUGAACAACCCAACGAAUGGCCCCUCGUCUGAGUGCUGUGCCGCGCUUGGGAAGGCUAACCUGUCAUGCAUCUGCCGUUACAAAGGCGUCGCCGGCGUAUGGCUGAGGAUGUACCACAUCGAUGCCAAUCGCGCCAUGGCGCUUCCCGGCAAGUGCGGUCUCACUAUGCCCAGGAACUGCUAGUGAGGAUUGGACGUACUAUCUAUACUGUCCGUCUACAUAUAUGAUAUACAUCACCACUUAUACAGCUAAAUAAGUGGAGGAGCACUUGAAAGGCUUUGUGCUACUCCAUCUUACCGGUGUUGUGUGAUUUCACGUGUGCUUAAUUAUCUCACUAAGCUACUAUUCAUGUAUGCUGGAAUUGUAAUGAUGGCACAAAGUGCCUUACUUGGAGGAUUAAAUGCAAGUUCCAGAAUUAUGAUAUCUGGUUUAAUUGUCUA